GUAAAAACACGUGAUUCUGCUCCUGAGUUUGUGGUGCUGUAUGGCUGUCAAAUAGGUUUGAAUUUCUGAUGUCAGUGUCGCGUGCAGCAGGCCUCAAUAAACCAUCCCCGUAACCCAGCAGCGGAACAGUAACAUCUCUACCAUGCUGCCGGCUGCACCCAUCAUAAGUGGUAUUCAGAAGCUUAUACUCUAUGAGACUCGAGCGAGGCAUUUUCUUGUUGGAAGUAAUCAUGCAGAAACAAAGUACCGUGUUUUGAAAAUUGAUCGGACUGAGCCAAAGGACCUGGUUAUUAUUGACGAUAAGCAUGUCUAUAAUCAACAAGAAGUGCGAGAGCUCCUUGGCCGACUUGAUCUUGGCAACAGGACAAAGAUGGGGCAGAAAGGUUCAUCAGGAUUGUCUCGAGCUGUUUCUGCUUUUGGGAUUGUAGGAUUUGUGCGUUUUUUAGAAGGAUAUUACAUUGUCCUCAUCACCAAGAGAAGAAAAAUGGCUGAUAUUGGUGGGCAUGCAAUCUAUAAAGUGGAAGAUACAACCAUGAUCUAUAUUCCUAAUGACUCAGUACGAGUUACCCAUCCAGAUGAAGCCAGGUAUUUAAGGAUAUUUCAAAAUGUGGACUUGUCAAGCAAUUUUUACUUCAGCUAUAGCUAUGACCUGAGUCAUUCUCUCCAGUAUAAUCUAACCAUUCUACGAGUACCUACUGAGACAUUUAAAACCGACACAACAACUCAACCACGUCAAGAAGGUUUUGAUAUUUUUGAAGAUGAAGGCUUAAGUAAUCAUGCAAAUGGUAUUUUUGGUAUAUGCAGUGAGCCUUACAUGAAGUAUGUAUGGAAUGGCGAGCUUCUAAAGUCUGUAAAGGAUAUAGUGCACCAUGAUUGGUUGCUGUACAUCAUCCAUGGCUUUUGUGGUCAAUCAAAACUGCUAAUUUACGGUAGAACGGUGUACGUGACACUAAUGGCCAGAAGAUCGAGCCGAUUUGCUGGAACACGCUUCCUAAAGAGAGGAGCAAAUUGUGAGGGAGAUGUGGCCAAUGAAGUGGAAACAGAACAAAUUGUGCAUGAUGCCUCUGUCAUGUCUUUCACUGCUGGAAGUUAUUCAUCGUAUGUACAAGUACGAGGCUCGGUUCCUUUAUACUGGUCCCAGGAUAUCUCAACAAUGAUGCCCAAGCCACCAAUUACACUGGACCAGGCAGAUCCAUUUGCAUAUGCUGCUGCUUUUCAUUUUGACCAAAUGCUUCAGAGAUUCGGGUCACCCAUUAUCAUUCUGAACCUUGUGAAGGAGCGGGAAAAGAGGAAGCACGAGAGGAUUCUGAGUGAUGAAUUAGUUUCUGCUGUAAGAUAUUUGAAUCAGUUUCUACCUCCAGAGCACUGUAUUCUUUAUAUCGCAUGGGAUAUGGCCAAAUAUACAAAAAGUAAACUGUGUAAUGUGCUAGACCGGCUGAAUAUCAUUGCUGAAAGCGUUGUGAAGAAAACAGGUUUCUUUGUUAAUCGACCAGACUCGUACUGCAGUGUCUUGCGUCCUGAUGAAAAGUGGAAUGAGCUGGGAGGAGUUGCUGGACCAUGUGGACGUUUACAGACCGGAGUUCUUCGAACAAACUGUGUUGACUGCUUAGAUCGAACCAAUACAGCGCAGUUCAUGGUUGGAAAGUGUGCUUUGGCCUAUCAGCUCUACUCUUUAGGAUUGAUUGACAAACCUAGUUUGCAGUUUGACACAGAUGCAGUUAGACUUUUUGAAGAAUUAUAUGAGGACCAUGGUGAUACGCUAUCUCUUCAAUAUGGCGGCUCCCAACUUGUCCAUAGAGUUAAAACUUACAGGAAGAUUGCACCAUGGACACAGCACUCUAAAGACAUCAUGCAGACCCUCUCUCGAUACUACAGUAAUGCCUUUUCAGAUGCUGACAGACAGGAUGCUAUCAAUCUAUUCUUGGGUGUUUUCCAGCCAAUGGAUGGCAAACCUCAUCUCUGGGAAUUGCCCACAGACUUUUAUUUGCAUCAUAAAAACACAAUGAAACUUUUUCGGACAAAGAAAAGUUAUACGUUUUGGUGGACACCAGACGUUUUGGAGCAUUUACCCCUUCCCCUUGAUGAAGUACCUUAUGCUGAAAACUUAAAGAAGAUGACAAUAAAAAAGUUUAACAGAAGUGACGAGGAGACAAAUAUCUACAAUGAGUUCUUUCGGCCUUAUGAGUUGAGCAGCUUUGAUGACACUUUUUGUCUGGCUAUGACAAAUUCUGCCAGAGACUUCAUGCCAAAAAAUGUUGGAAUAGAUCCAAGUCCAUUUACAGUGCGGAAGCCAGAGGAAACUGGAAAAUCAGUGCUUGGCAACAAGACAAACAGGGAAGAGACCCUAUUACAACGUAAAACAGCAGCAAGUGCACCUCCCCCUCCAAGCGAGGAAGCUGUAUCAAGCAGCUCUGAAGAUGACUCCGGGACUGAUAAAGAGGAGGAAGGGGCUGUUUCUCAGCGCUCAACCCCAAUAAAAAUUACAGAUGCUGGAGAUAAUCCCAAAACAUCAGAGAAUUUGGUUCAGUCAACAAAAGACAUGUAUGGAAUUAAUCUUUCAGAUGCACCUUCAGAAAGUGACCUGCACAUAUACACAAAAUUUGUACAUUUGGGUCUCUGUCAGCAUAGGCAAGACAAGAGAAUAUCGCGGAUGAGCACAAAGCCUUGGGAUACAAUCACAAAACUGAGCUGUAUUUCUUCAUUUUCCCAAGAUAACAUAUAUGAGGUUCUUCCUCCCAUGGUAGACAGGAAGUCAAUAGAGAUAUUUGAUGCUCAUAUCCAAGCUGGAAGAGGUAUUAUGCAGCCCCUGGGUAAAGAAGACAUGUUCACGUACAGAGAGUACAUCAAAAAUCGCUACAUGUAAACAGAAAUAGCCAAUGAAAUAUGAGCGGCUAAAAGGAUUAGCGGUGAAUGGCAAAUAGCUGGAUUUAGAAUGGUGCCCAAUAAAGUGAUUCAUUCUUGCUGGAA